AUGGCGACCCCCGGCCUUCUCUGGGUGACGAUGAACCCUCGUCCCUCCCUCCCCGCCGCUCAAUUCCACGACUGGUACAACACCGAACACGGCCCUCUGCGCCUGCGUCUGCCCUUCUGCACCAAUGGCUUCCGCUAUCGCGCGACCGACGGCGAGGAGCCCGAGUGGGUGGCCCUCUACGAUAUCACCGACAUGGUGGAGUUGACGCGCGAGACCUACCUUGCCCUGCGCGGCGACACUAUCAAGACCCCCCGGGAAAAGGCUACCAUGGCCCAGAUUGACGUCGAUCGCCGGCUCUACGAUACCGUUCUCGAGCAAAAGGCGGCUGAUUACAAACCCCUCGAGCUUACCCCCGAUACCGAGGCUGCCGGCUCCGUCCUCAUCGCCGUCUCCCUCUCCCUCUCCUCCGCCGACGCCGCUAAAGAGGACGAAUUCACCCGCUGGUACCGCGAAGAGCACAUCCCCAUGCUGUCCCGCGUGCCCGGUUGGCGCUCCUCCCGCCUCUUCGUCACCUCCACCAUCGACCCCAAGGCCCCUCGCGAAUACUUGGCCGUGCAUGAGUACGCUGCUCAGAAUGGUCUGGGCGGUCCCGAAUACAAGGCUGCGACAGACACCCCCUGGCGCACCCGCAUUAUGACCGACGUCGUGGCUAAGGCCCGCCGUCGCACUUAUCAGUGGGCCUACACCUUCGGACCCGCUCCCCGCGAGCUGUCAUCCCUGACCUCUGCGGAUUGCAUCGGUCCCUGGUCGUCUAUCGACGGCAAAACCCGCACCCUGCCUUCUCCCACCCGCCCGGCCGUCGAGUCCUUCGUCACCACCCCUGACGGCGUCGAGCUCCCCUACCGUUUGGAGGGCAGCACCGACCCCCACAGUCCGGUCAUCGUGCUCAGCAACUCCAUCCUGGUGGACUACACUAUCUGGGAUGACUUCAUCGACCAGUUCCUCUCUGACCCUCGCAACCAGAACUUCCGCAUUGUCCGCUACUGCACCCGUGGCCGCCAGCAAGAAUGCGGCGAUAAGCCCGUCAACAUUGAUCUCCUGGCCUCGGACAUCAUCGCACUGCUGGACGCUCUGCGCGUUCCCAAGGCCACCCUUAUCGGCGUCAGUCUGGGUGGUGUAACGGUGCUGAACACCUCCCUGCUGUACCCGGAGCGCGUGGAGCGCUUCAUCUCCUGCGACACCAACAGCUCCAGCCCCGAGACGAACCGGAAGGCGUGGAACGAGCGUGUCGAGCUGGCAGCCAGCGAGGGUGCUGUGUCAGCUACCACGCAGCAGGCGAUUGUCGGCGAGCAACUGGCCGAGAUUACCGUGCGGCGGUGGUUCACGGCCGAGUCGUAUGAGACUCAGCCCCACCUGCCCGCCAAGGCGAAGGAGCUGGUGCGGACGAACAGUCUGCCCGGGUUCAGGCAGAGCGUGCAGGCACUGUGUGCGUAUGAUGUGCGGGACCGGAUGGCGCAGGCGCAGGUGCCGGGCCUGUUUGUGGCGGGCGAGAGUGACGGUGUGCUGCCGAAGACAAUGCAGCAGAUGGUGGCGGAUCUGAAGAGCGAUUCCGAGUUGAAGUUGGUGCCGAAGGCGGGUCAUUUACCGAUGCUGGAGAAUGCGGCGGCGUUCACGGCGGUGGUGAAUGAGUACCUGCACUAG